UGUCACAAAUAGGGUUUAUUUGUGUGUCAAGUUAAUUUUCACAUCAAGUAGCAGGAAAAUUUAAAUACACAGAGCAGUGUGGACGAUUAUACCACACCACCUAAAAUUGCAAUGAAAUUAAACAGCAGGCAAAUUGAAAUAUGCAGGGUAGGGUGGGCGAUUAUACCGCUCCACCUAAAAUUUGCAGUCCAAUUAGAUCUGUAGUCCAAGAUAGGCGAUGAUACCGCACCAUCUUGGAUCGCAGUAAAAAUAAAUUUGCAGUUCAAGAUGGGCGGUUGUACCGCACCAUCUUGGAUUGCAGUAAAAUUAACAUAAAUAAAUACUGGGUUAGUAAUCAAUCUCUAAACCAAACAAGAAAUCAAAACUGUAUGUAACCGAUAGGUUGAGAACUAAGAGCAGGCAUGGAGCAAACAGUUCGUCGCAAGGGUAUACCGUGCAAUUGAGGCUGAGGAAGAAGAUGAACAGUAAAAACCUUAGAGGAAACAUUUUUUCUUUCUUUCGUUCGGCGAAGAGAAAUGAGAGAAUAAUUAUAUUUAGAGACUCGUGCUGAUAACGUGUUAUAAAUAGGUCAAAAUUAGAGAAAUAACCUUUUAGUGAAUGGAGUAAAGCAGGUGUAAAAUGUCACACUGAAACCUUAGCACAAGAGGAUAACAAAUAAAAGACGGAGAAAUGAUGAUGUUAUUGAUCUUUUUUCUCGUUCUCUUCUUCUAUAUAGAUUGAUAGCAGUCGGAGUGCUCUAUUUAUAAAGCAACUCCGUAUUAUUACAUUUUGAAUAUUUACACCACACCUUUGACAAAUGAUCUCCACAUAUCAAUAUUCUGCCAAGGUUUUCAAUGCUGUGACAAGGUUUUCAAUACUGUGGCAUUCAUUACCCACUAGUAUUUUCAACAUGUUGUUUGUUUUAAUACUGUGGCAUUCAUUACCCACUAGUAUUUUCAAUAUGUUAUUUGUUUUGAUGGUCAAGUGAGCAUUAAUUGCUCACUUGCAAGUUGCAACCGGGUUGGUACGCCACCUUCAAUUCGCGGCCUUGAAUCUCUCUUACAUCGCAGUCACCAUUCCUCCUCACCUACCUACGCUAUCAGCCAAAAAUGAAUGGUGUGUGUUUGAUACGUUAAAAAGUCUAAGUCUCCUCACCUUUACAUAGAAGUCGGGCAAGUUUAGGUCGUUCACAAGUUUUGGUGCAUUAGCAAUAGCUCAUACCAAUUUCAGCACAGAUCAGUCUGCGCUUCUUGCUCUCAAGGCUCACCUCACUAGUGACCCUCAAAACAUCUUGACCGCCAACUGGUCCUCUGCCUCCAAUACCAACAUUUGCAACUGGGUUGGCAUUACCUGCGGUGCUCGCCACCACAGAGUCACGGCCUUAAAUCUCUCGCACAUGGGUCUUGCUGGAGUUAUUCCUCCGCAUCUAGGCAACCUCUCAUUUCUUGUUGAGUUGGGCCUUCAAAAUAAUAGCUUUCAUGGUCCCCUACCGCAAGAACUGUCUCGUUUGCGCAGGUUGAAGGUGAUUAACUUUGGAAACAACAGCUUUAUGGGAACCAUUCCUUCGUGGUUUGGGUCCCUUGCUAAACUUCAAACCAUCAAAUUGUACGGUAAUAGCUUCUCGGGUAUCAUACCGGCUGCUAUCUUCAACUUAUCUGCACUCGAAACAAUUAAUCUAAGCUUAAACCAACUAUCGGGUAGCUUACCCAGAGAAAUAGGCAACUUAACAAAGGUGAAGGGCAUAUACCUUGACGUCAACAAGUUCGAAGAACUACCGAACGAGAUGGGCAGUUUAGGUCAGCUGGAGGAGUUGUAUGUGCAGUACAAUGCCCUAAAAGGCUCUGCUCUUGUGCCUGUCCUCAACAUAUCUUCUUUGACUCAUUUGACUCUAUAUGGAAACAACUUGAGUGGCAGUCUUCCAGACAAUAUAUGUGAGCAUCUUCCGAAUAUUCGACAGCUUAAUUUGGGUCAAAACCAACUUGAUGGUCUGAUUCCCUCCAAGCUAUGGCAAUGCAAAGAGCUUCGUAAAAUCUCAUUAGUGUAUAACAAUUUCCAUGGAAGCAUACCCAAAAGUCUUGGCAAUUUGACCUACUUAACCCUGAUUGGUCUUAGUGACAAUAAUUUAAUAGGUACAAUACCAAAUGAGAUUGGUGAUCUUCCGCAGUUAGAGACAUUGUCGCUGUAUUUUAAUAAUCUCAGUGGCGUCAUCCCAUCCAAACUCUUCAAUCUCUCCAUGAUAAGCCUAAUAGGGCUUUCUUUUAAUCAGCUCUCAGGUAGCCUCCCAGCAGACAUAGGUCUUAACGCUCCAAACCUAGAAUUCCUUAAUGUAGCCAGAAAUAACCUCGUGUCCGAACUACUCCCUAACCUCUCCAAUGCUUCCAAGCUCAGGGAGCUAGACAUGAGUGAAAACUCAUUUACCGGGUUUCUUCCUAACACGCUCUGUUCCUUGAAAAACCUUGAGCGUCUUUUCUUGCACUUGAAUAGUUUGACUAUUGAUGCUUUUGCACCACAAGUAGUAAGCACUCUUUCUUGCUUGUUUAAUCUUAGAAAUUUGACAACAUUAUCCUUGGGAGGUAAUCCGCUAAACACCACGAUACCAGCUUUUCGAGGGAAUCUCUCUGCGUCACUCCAAUAUGUUGAUUUAAGCAAUUCCAACAUUAGGGGUAACAUUCCAGAUGAUAUUGGCAACUUGAGCAGCUUGAUAUCAUUAAACCUGGGAAACAACCAGUUGAGUGGAGCAAUUCCAACUUCAAUACAAAGGCUAAAAAAUCUCCAAGGUUUGUAUUUGUAUGAUAACAAACUGGGAGGACAUAUCCCGUAUGAACUCUGUCAACUAAACAACCUAGCCGAGUUACAUUUGGAUGGUAAUUGGCUCUCUGGUUCUAUUCCUUCCUGCUUGGGUACUUUGGCAGUAGCUCUAAGAUAUUUAUCGUUAGGGUCCAAUUUGUUAACUUCUAAAAUACCAUCUUUGUUGUGGGAACUCAAGUAUAUAUUGCACCUAAACUUGUCAUCCAAUUCUCUAGUUGGACCACUCUCAGAAGACAUCGAAAAGUUGAAAGAUGUGGCGGAUAUGGAUUUAUCAAAUAACCAUUUCUCCGGAAACAUUCCCAGUAGCAUUGGGGGUCUUCAGAAUAUGAUUAAUUUCUCCUUGGCAAACAAUUAUUUAGAAGGCCCUAUUCCCAGUUCAUUUGAAACCUUGCUAAGCCUAGAAUCGUUGGAUUUGUCCAAAAACAAUCUAUCUGGAGUGAUCCCGAAGUCAUUGGAAGCACUCUCGUAUCUCAAGCAUUUGAAUUUGUCUUUCAACAAACUCCAAGGAGAAAUUCCAACAGGCGGGCCUUUCGAAAACUUCUCUGCUGAUUCAUUUGUACCAAAUGGUGCGCUCUGCGGUGCUUCCCGACUUCAUGUUCCGUUGUGCAAAUAUAAAACAGAAGUUAAGCCAAAUUGGAGGAAAACUAAAUAUAUCAUCUCAGGGGUCUUGUCAGUAAUACUCCUGGCGGCUGCUGCAUUGAUUCUGAUACUAUGCAGGAAAAGGAAUGUUGAAGUAACUGCCUCGCUACAUCAAGUUCUUUGGAGAAGAGUUUCGCGCCUAGAACUUGUAAAGGCGACAAAUGGAUUUCAUGAGACUAACUUACUUGGCACAGGGGGUUUUAGCUCAGUAUACAGAGGAACACUUUCAGAUGGGAUAGAUAUCGCCGUCAAGGUAUUCAAUUUACAGCUAGAAGGGGCAUUCAAGAGUUUUGAUAAGGAAUGUGAAAUGCUAAGCAAAAUCCGUCACCGGAAUCUUAUUAAAAUCAUAAGUUGCUGCGAUGAACUUGAUUUCAAAGCCCUGAUACUUCAAUUGAUGCCUAAUGGAAGCCUCGAAAACUGGUUGUAUUCUCCAAACCGCUCCAUGAAUAUCCUGCAGAGGUUGGACAUAAUGAGAGAUGUUGCAUUGGCACUAGAAUAUCUUCAUCAUGGUUACUCGAUACCUAUCGUUCAUUGUGAUGUGAAACCAAGCAAUAUACUACUAGAUGAUGAUAUGGUUGCACAUGUUGCUGAUUUUGGCAUUGCAAGACUCAUCGGCGGUGGAGAUUCGAUGACGGAAACCAUGACCCUAGCCACAGUUGGAUAUAUGGCUCCAGAGUUUGGGUUGGAAGGAAUCGUUUCGAUGAGAGGGGAUGUGUAUAGUUUUGGUAUUGUACUCAUGGAGACAUUCACAAAAAGGAAGCCAACGGAUGAGAUGUUUGUUGAGGAAAUGAAUUUAAGGCAAUGGAUUGCAAAUUCAUUAUUUCCAAAUGCUGCUAUAGAUGAAGUUGUGGAUGCCGAUAUACUUGGGAUGGAGGAAGAUGGUGAUUUCGUGAGCAGGAGGGAUUGCUUAUCAUCCGUUAUGAGAUUAGCUUUAGCUUGCUCUGCAGCAUUUCCGGAAGAAAGGAUUAACAUGAAAGAUGUUGUAGUCACACUCAAUAAAAUCAAGGCCAAGUAUUUGAAGGAUUCUGGAAGAGUGAAUUCUUAGUUCUUUGUUCUCUAUAUUUUCGGAUCCAUUUUCUUAUUGUUGUUUUUUAUCUUCAAAAACUACAUUAUUUUCUUAUAGUGACGGAUAUGAAAAUAUGACGAUAUUCCUAAAAUUGAAUUGAUGUACCUGUAUUUGACAAGGCAAUGAGACCAGUAAUACCAAGAUUGCAAUUC